AUGGGGGACUGGAACUUGUUGGGGAGCAUUUUAGAGGAGGUCCAUAUCCACUCCACCAUCGUGGGUAAAAUAUGGCUGACCAUCCUGUUCAUAUUCCGGAUGCUGGUUCUCGGCGUGGCGGCUGAGGACGUUUGGGUGGACGAACAGAGUGAGUUCAUCUGCAACACGGACCAGCCGGGAUGCAAGAACGUCUGCUACGACCAGGCGUUCCCAAUAUCGCUAAUUCGCUUCUGGGUACUGCAGAUCAUUUUUGUUUCCUCACCUUCACUGGUAUACAUGGGACAUGCUCUGUACCGGCUGAGGGCUUUGGAGAAAGAACGGCACAAGAGGAAAAUCCAGCUGAGAGCUGAACUGGAAGAGAUGGAAGCCCUCUUGGAGGAGCACAAGAAGUUGGAGAAGGAACUGAGGAAACUAGAAGAUCAAAAGAAAAUUAGUAAGGCUCCUCUGAGGGGCUCCUUGCUGCGUACAUAUAUAAUUCAUAUCCUUACCAGAUCAGUGGUAGAAGUGGCAUUCAUUGUUGGGCAGUAUAUCUUAUAUGGGAUUGGACUGGAUCCUUUGUACAAGUGUGAGAGGGUGCCUUGCCCGAACAGCGUGGACUGUUAUGUCUCCAGGCCGACGGAGAAGACCAUCUUCAUGGUUUUCAUGAUUGUCAUCGGAGGGGUUUCGCUGUUCCUGAACCUCUUGGAAAUAUCCCACUUGGGGGUGAAAAAAAUUAAACAGACUCUAAGAGGACUCCAGUUUGUUGAGGACAAAAGUCUUUGCAAACCCAAGCACUCGACCAUUCAGCAACUGUGUGUUAUGACGAAUAUGUCCCCCCACAAAAACCCCCAGUUGAAAACGUUUAUCCAACAGGGGCAAAUGGACCCUCCACUGUUCCUAACCAGUGCUUGUGUCGGCUCGAGCAACGACAUGCUACAGUACAACAGUUUCACCGCAGCCACCCUUCCAGUGUCCUGCAUAACCCAGCAGCCCCGGCAAAUGCGGCAACCAAGCCAGGGAAUGAUCCAUGAACUGCACUCCCAAGGGUCCAUGGAGUUACUAGAGGACCGGGAAAACCGCGGCCAGCGUCUAGAGAGCAGUAACGGCUCAGAGAGGGAUGUUAUGCCUUUUAACUCGGGUCAUCUGGGUCCUGAGGUUCAUACAGAAAUACCAGCCUGCCUUCGCAACGUUCUGCACAGGCCCAGUCGUGUGCCAGAACUGGGGGACGAUGCUGGGGAGUCUUCAGAGAGCGACUUCUGUCAACCUAACAGGAAAGCCAGUUUUAUGGUCCGUAUGCCCUCGGACAGCUUUUCUGGCAGUCCAUCCUGUCCCUCCACAAGGAGUUCAGAGUCCGAGCUGGGCUCCCUCAAUGACCUGCCAAUGAACCCACCACCAGGGGGAGGAAGACGGAUGUCUAUGGCAAGUAGACACAAAUGACAUCCAGCUACUAAACUGGUCAUAUAGAGGCUUUCAUAGGCUUCUUUAUCCAAAAUGAAAUUUUGGAACAGAAAAAUGUAUUUAUUUCUAGAUCAGA